GGCGAAGCGGCAGAAAAAAAAAUAGAUAGAGCGGCGUUUGAAAUGUCCGCAUCGGACGGCGAUCCAGAAAAAAGGAUCUGGGGCGGACUCACCUUUUUUCCCUCCUCGAUUUAAUCUAAUCCUCUCUCCUUCACACCCUCAUCCUGCGUGGAAUUUGUCUCUGGAUCUUCGAUUUGACUCAGAAGACAUCUCUUCAUACACAAUGGCCACCUACGCUCUGUCGUCGUCCCACCGGGACCUCCUCGAGAAGUCUCUGGUCGAGACCGACCCUGAGAUUGCUGCGAUCAUGGAAAAAGAGAUCCAGCGUCAGCGCGAGUCGAUUGUCCUGAUUGCUUCCGAGAACGUCACCUCGCGCGCUGUCUUCGAUGCUCUGGGCUCGCCUAUGUCCAACAAAUACUCUGAGGGUUACCCCGGUGCCCGUUACUACGGUGGUAACCAGCACAUCGACUCCAUCGAGCUCACCUGCCAGUCUCGUGCCCUGAAGGCUUUCAACCUGGACCCCGCCAAAUGGGGUGUCAACGUCCAGUGUCUGAGUGGUAGCCCUGCCAACCUGCAGGUCUACCAGGCCCUGAUGCGCCCCCAUGACCGUCUGAUGGGACUGGAUCUCCCUCACGGUGGCCAUCUGAGCCACGGCUACCAGACUCCCCAGAAGAAGAUCUCCGCUGUCUCUACCUACUUCGAGACCUUCCCCUACCGUGUUGACCUGGAGACUGGCAUCAUCGACUAUGACACCCUCGAGGCCAACGCCCAGCUCUACCGCCCCAAGUGCCUUGUUGCCGGUACCUCCGCCUACUGCCGUCUGAUCGACUAUGCGCGCAUGCGCAAGAUCGCCGAUUCCGUCGGUGCCUACCUCAUCGUCGACAUGGCUCACAUUUCCGGUCUGGUUGCCGCUGGUGUGAUCCCAUCGCCGUUCGAGUACGCUGAUGUCGUGACCACCACCACUCACAAGUCGCUCCGUGGUCCUCGUGGUGCCAUGAUUUUCUUCCGCAAGGGUGUCCGCAGCACUGACCCCAAGACCGGUAAGGACAUCAUGUAUGACCUUGAGGGUCCCAUCAACUUCUCUGUGUUCCCCGGACACCAGGGUGGUCCUCACAACCACACUAUCACUGCCCUUGCCGUGGCCCUCAAGCAGGCCGCCACUCCUGAGUUCCGCCAGUACCAGGAGCAGGUUGUCAAGAACGCCAAGGCCGUGGAGCUCGAGUUCAAGAGACUCGGCCACAAGCUCGUCUCCGACGGUACCGACAGCCACAUGGUCCUGCUGGACCUCCGCCCCAAGGGUCUGGAUGGUGCUCGUGUCGAGGCUGUUCUUGAGCAGAUCAACAUCGCAUGCAACAAGAACUCCAUCCCCGGUGACAAGUCCGCUCUGACCCCUUGCGGUCUCCGUGUCGGUACCCCUGCCAUGACCAGCCGUGGUCUGGGUGAGGAGGACUUCAAGCGCGUGACUCGCUACAUCGACCAGGCCAUCAACCUCUCCAAGGAGAUCCAGGGCCAGCUGCCCAAGGAGGCCAACAAGCUCAAGGACUUCAAGGCCAAGGUUGCCUCGGAUACCGUCCCGGAGAUCCAGAACCUCCGCAAGGAGAUCAGCGAGUGGGCUUCCACCUUCCCUCUGCCCGUCUAAAUUGGAACUUGAGUCCAAGGAAACGGCGUCUAUUUGUUUGAUUUCAUUUUUCCACUUUUAUCUUUCAACAUGGAUUGCAAGC